AGAAAAUUUUAUUUGCUGGAAUUUCAUUAAAAAUUCCAGCGCUUAAAGGUCUUUACAAACGAAGUUCGUUUUUAAACCGCGAACGUAUUAGAUUUUGCAAUGUUUUUUGAUACAGUUUAUAAUUAUAAUUUUAUAAAAUUUCUUAAAAUAGGAAAAAACUUUUUGCAACUUAUACCGUUAAAUCAGUGAAUCAACGUUUAUACUAAUCGUUCUUUAUAUACUAAAGCUUGCUACUUUGAGAUGUUUAUAAUGUUUAUAAUAACAGCUGCUAAGUAACCUGCAAAAAUAUCGCUGCUUGUCUUAUUUUGCACAUAAAAAUAACUGUAAUUCUGCUUAAAGCAUAGAGUUAAUUGAUUCAAGCUAAAUAUUUGUAUUGGAAUUGGAAAGCGAUGGGCUUAUUUGCUUUUAUGAAGAGUCGUCCAAUAUUUUGGUUAAGUGUAACCGGCACAGCUGUGGGCAUAGCUUGCGUCGUCAAGGACCUAAUGCAAGGCGGCAAAUUUGAUAAACCAAACCGUGCUGACGGUAAAGUCAUCAUCGUUACGGGUUCAAACACAGGAAUAGGCAAAGAAACGGUUCGAGAACUAGCCAAACGGGGAGCAAAAGUUUAUAUGGCAUGUCGAGACAUGAAAAAAUGCGAAGAGGCACGCCAAGAGAUUGUUUUAGAAACUCGCAAUAAAAAUGUUUAUUGUCGUAAAUGCGAUUUAGCUUCUAUGGAUUCUAUACAUAAAUUUGUAGACGAAUUCAAAAAAGAACAGUCACAUUUAGAUAUUUUAAUUAACAAUGCCGGCGUUAUGCGUUGUCCGAGGUCGAUAACGACGGAUGGCUUUGAGAUGCAACUGGGGGUGAAUCAUCUUGGGCAUUUUCUUUUGACAAAUCUUUUAUUGGAUUCGCUGAAGAAGUCCGCUCCAAGCCGUAUUGUAGUAGUUUCCAGCCUAGCUCAUACUCGAGGAGAAAUUAACGUAGCGGACUUAAAUAGCGAGAAAUCUUACGAUGAAGGCAAAGCUUACAAUCAAAGCAAACUGGCUAAUGUGUUAUUUACGAGGGAAUUGGCAAAGCGAUUGCAAGGGACUGGGGUCACUGUUAACGCGUUACAUCCUGGUGUUGUUGACACUGAACUGUUUCGUCAUAUGAGCUUCUUUAAUUCAUUCUUCGCUUCUUUGAUAUUUCGACCUUUAGUCUGGCCGUUUUUGAAGACUCCAAAAUUUGGCGCUCAAACCACUUUGUACGCUGCCUUAGAUGAAGACUUACACAACGUUUCGGGGCAAUACUUUAGUGACUGUAGCCUUAAAGAUGUUGCGCCAGCUGCUAAAGACGAUGCGUUGGCCAAAUGGCUAUGGGCAGUAAGUGAAAAAUGGACUAAGCUGAAAUAGUGUAGAAAUAAAAAAAAUGUUUAAAUAAAGGAAGUAGGAUGUAAGGAACAUUUUUUUAUUUGGUUGU